CACACACACACACACACACACACACACACACACACUCGCUCUCUCUCUCUCACACACACACACUCUCUCUCUCUCACACACACACACACACACACACACACACACACUCUCUCUCUCUCUCUCUCUCUCUCUCUCUCUCUCUCCCCAGUAGAAGCUCUAGUAAAACUCGAUGUCUGUCAUGUUUUGCGCGGGUUUCUCCAUCUCCUGUGUGAGCAGUAACUGCUGCAGGUCUGUACAUUUAUAAACGCGUGUGGAAUACGAGAGCGCUACAGAUGGUUGUCCCCGCGCGUCCAGCGCGUCUCCGGUGCGUCUGUGCGCGACGCGCGGAGGUUCUGUCGCACUGAAUGUAAAAUCUCCGGAUUAAAGACAAAACUCACAUCUGAUUGAAUUGAUGAAGGAACACACUGAGGGGAAAACUCUUUUGCUCUGCGGGAAUUAUGGCUGUAUCGGUGGUGUUGGUGCUGAUGGCGUUUGGUUGGGUGGAGGGGUCGUCUCUGUAUCUCUCAGAUGGACGCUUCCCUCGUCUGGCUCUGGAGAAGUCUCUCGUCUGGACGGCUAAAGACACACAGUGUCAUCACAUGCUGAAACAUCUGCACAACGGCGCUCGUAUCACAGUCCAGAUGCCGCCCAGCAUCGAGGGUCACUGGGUGUCCACGAGCUGUGAGGUGCGGCCCGGUCCAGAGUUCAUCACUCGCUUGUACCGAUUCUUCCACAACAACACCUUUCAGGCCCAUCAGUUCUAUUACGCAGACAAUCAUUGCACGAGUCCGACAUACACGCUGGUGGUGCGCGGCCGUUUGCGACUGCGCCAGGCGUCCUGGAUCGUGCGGGGUGGCACAGAGGCCGACUACCAGAUCCACCGCACACAUGUGAUCUGUCACUCCACAGCCGUGGCCAAAGAUCUCAGUCAGAGGCUGAAGCGCAGCUGUAGGGGGCCCGACAGGGAUCUUGGCCCCUGGGUGCCGAAUGUAGGUUACGAGUUGUGGAGCGAGGAGAGCGGUUGCGACUGCUCCAGAGGGCUAAAUUUUGCCAUGCAUGAACUGCAGCUGCUGCGCGUGGAGAAGCAAUACCUGCAUCAUAAUCUGGAUCAUCUAGUGGAAGAACUGUUCUUAGGAGAUAUUCACACUGAACCGGCACAGAGGAUGUACUACAGACCCUCCAGUUACCAACCGGCACUGCAGAACGGCAAGAACCACGAUCUCAGCUGCAUCGCCUGCCGAAUCAUCGGCCGCUCAGAUGAGUUUCAUCCGCCCAUUCUCCCGCUGCGGCCGGACCUGACGGUGAGUCUGCACGGGCAGUGGGUGUCCCAGCGCUGUGAGGUGCGGCCGGAGGUUCUCUUCCUCACACGACACUUUAUCUUCCACGACAAUAACAACACGUGGGAGGGUCAUUAUUAUCAUUAUUCUGACCCGGUCUGCAAACACCCCACGUUCAGCAUCUACGCCAGAGGACGCUACAGCUGCGGACUUCAAUCAUCCCGUGUGAUGGGCGGCACAGAGUUUGUAUUUAAAGUGAACCACAUGCGUGUGAUGCCCAUGGAUCUCGCCACCACGUCGCUGCUCAACGUCUUUAACGGAAACCAGUGCGGCGUUCAGGGCUCUUGGCAGGUGGGUGUGGAACAGGAUGUUACUUCGACCAAUGGCUGCGUAGCGCUGGGGAUACGCCUCCCGCACACAGAGUACGAGCUCUUCCGAAUGGAACGGGACGUUCACGGUAGACACCUGCUCUACAACGGACAGCGUCCCAGCGACGGAUUCAGUCCGGAUCAUCCAGAGAAGAGAGCCACUUCUUACCAGAUGCCGCUGGUCCAGUGUUCCGCCAGCAGCCGGAGGUCAAAGGUCAACACGGGCCACGACGCAGACCGGCUAAGCAACGGUUAUGACGACCUGCCGACGACAGUGGCGGCUGUGAUCUCGAGUGUUGCGUUUGUGGUUUUCAUUAGUUGACGGAGUUAAACAUAGACAACUGAACAUGCCCAUAAUUACCCAGAAUGCACUUGGGUCAACCGCUUGCGUAUUAUUGUUUUAUCUGAAGAGUCCGGAUGAUUAUAAAUGAGCGCUUUCAUGAUUUUAUAUAUGGCUGAUUGGAAAUGAGUCUUACAGGAAAGGUCCACCAUGUCAUUAUUUACUCACCCUCAUGUUGUUCCAACCCCAUAUUGUGUUUUCUAUAGAAAAAACACCAUAAAAGAGGCAUUAAUGGCUAUUAUUCCAAAAUGAUCUGUGAAUAAAGCUUUCAGUUUAUUCCUUGAACAAAGCCAUCUACGGAAGCCAUGAACCGCAAGUGUCGGGACAAUUUUGUCUUUUUUUUUUCUCUGAAAUGUUUUUCUGAAUUUGUUUGCUAGCGUUCAGUUAGCAUGAGUUCUAUAGAAUAAUACUAGAACUACGUUUUGCAAAACAAUGUUACAAAGUGUCCUAAUACAGGACAUCCCACAAUUAAAUGAAUGCACCGCAGGUUUAUAUGACAUUCGUUGUUAAGUGUGACAAUUAUUCCUGAUUGUUUGAUGACUUUCACCACAUUUAGUCAAAGUGACCAAAUAAUAAUCAUGCUUUAAAAAGAUUUCAGAGAAAACAAAAAUUUAAGGGAACUUUUUUUUUUUUCCAGAGCGAGAAAAAAAUUGAAAGAGCUGGAAAAAAAAAAAGUGUUGUUAUUGUUGUUGCAGGACAUAGGCUCAGGAAGGCACUAAUACACCUAAAAAAAUAUUUAACAUUUUUCUGAUUUUUUUAUUUUUUUUUUCAGAGAGAAUUAAAAAAAAUUUGCUAGAGCGGGAAAACUAAAAUUAAGGAGACGUAUAAAAAAAUAAAAAUAAAUAAAAUGGAGGACAUAGUCAAAAAAAAAAAAAAUUCAGGCAAAAUUUAUUUUUUUUUUCUGAAUUUUUUCCCCCUCAAAAGAGAUUUAAGUGAGAAAAAAAAAAAUUUCUGAAAAUUAUUUUUCCAGAGCGGGAAAACUAAAAUAUACGGAAGAGGAUUAGGGCCAAGCAAUAAUAAAAAAAUAAAACCAUCUCGAGAAUAAAGUCAUUAUAAUGCGAGAUUAAACUUAACGAGUUUUUUCUCGAAACACAACGACUUUAUUCUCGAUAUUUAAUGAGUUUAUUCUCAAGAUUGUAUUUCGACUUUUUUCUUGAAAUUUAACAAGUUUAAUCUCGCAUUAUAAUGACUUUAAUCUCGAGAUGGCUUUAUUUUUUUUUAUUAUUGCUUGGCCCUAAUCCUCUUCCGUAAAAAUAAAGGAGACUUAAUAUUAUAAUUUUUUUUGUAGGCCAUCAGGAGGCUCAGGAAGGCACUAACACACCCAAAACAGAUGUACCUGGAGUCCUACAAGUGUUUUUGCUCUGAAAUGUAUUUUUUCUCAAAUAGCAACACAUGAGAAUUGUUUUUGUUCUUGCUGGCUAACCGUUAGCAUGUGGUACCAAACUCAGCCACCAGGUGCCACUAUCAGUAAUCGCUUCAUGAAAUAUGUGUUUUGCAUCUUGCGCUUCAGGGCUUCCGUAGCCAUCAGAUGACUUUGCUUUUGACUUUUAGAGAUUAAAUGAUUUUUAUUAGAUUUGUUUGGGUGAACUGAUCCUUUAAAGGAUUCACUGGAGUAUUUUUCUAAACGUGAGUUUAAAAUGAACCAUUGAAGGGCAACAUGGAGCAAAAGGGAAAUAUUCUAACUGACCUUUGUAGACUUUCAUGAGGGAAUUUUAUGGAAUUGAAGUUCUUUAUUUUUACAUUUCAAAAACACAAACAACCACAUGAUUGUUUUACAAGUGUGACGUGGAAGAUUUGAUAUCUUCAGAUCUUUUGUAUGUUGAAACUGAAUAUUAAAGAUAACGCUGCACUAGAGGAUCAGUUACAGACACGACUGUCAGAUAUAAACCCAAUAAAGCAGAUUUCUAUUUUAA